AUGACUUUUGGUCUCUUUGACAGCCUCAGGUCCAUCUCAGGGGGUAAACUUGCAGACUUUGUCAUCUUUCCCCCUGGCUUUGACCUGUUUCAGGAUGAUAUCCAUUACAUGGGGAAUAUCAGGAUGUUUUUGGAUAAGACGCCUUCCUGCUUCCCUCAUGCCCUGGAUAAGCAUGAUUGUCUAUUGCUCACAAUAUCUGCGAUUAACCUGAUUAUUCGACAGCAUUCUGUGUUAGGCUUGUCAAAUGCCUCGUUUCUCACCAUUGUACUUGCUUGCCAUCAUUCUGUUGCUUGUGCGGUGUUCUUCUUCCUCUUGAACAACAUUUUGCCUGCCCGUAGCGGCCUUCUGGCUGGUGCUGGCGCCAUCAUCUUGGGUGCCACGCUGGACAGAUCAGUUGAAGAUGUAGUCAUACUGGAAGCCCUCACGAAUGCAAAGGCCGGGAAACCAUGGCUCACACUAUCCACACAGCUCCUUUUCCACUAUGCCCACCCCCUUCCACCCAAAAGGACCUUUCCUCCAACCAAAGCCUUCCAGGAGGCCAUUGAACUCCGGAAUCACUUUCGUGCACCAGAAAAAUUGAUCACCAGAGCGGAGGAUUCGCACAUACCCCUGGGGUGGUAUGAAGAGGAGGAGAUCUGUGUGUCGACUAAGACUAUAGAGUCGUAUUCGCUCAUUACAUUAGAAGACAUUGUCGGGGCCUUGAAGACCUGGAGAGAGAAAAGCCUGAGGGACCAGAAGGAGAUAAUCAAUUUGAAGUUUAAUCUGAAAAGACUGCACAUCAUUAUAUUCGAGGUCGAGAAAGACGAGAACAGGCUUGUUUUACUGGGGAAGCGGGACAAGAAGGAAGAUAUUCUGGACAAGGUAAAGCAGCGCAUCGUCUCCUGACUGGGAUGAAUUUGACAAAGAUGAUUCCUAAGUCCCCUGGCUGUAUACCCUUCUAAUUUUUCAACGCUCUUCAAUACACUCAUUCACCAUGUGACUCCUUUUACCACUUGCUUUUAUCACUUGCUUUACACUUGCUUUAUGCUUUUAUGGUUAAUUUUAAUGCUAGUUCACAGAUGUUUAGAUGAAGUUUACUUAGUUACAUCUGUUGAAAUGCUAGUAGUUCUUCGACCAGGAGCACCACAGCCUCUUUGGGGGAUAAUUCUGGAUUUGCCAGGUUAUGGAGAACCACUGUCAACAUAUAUGCAUGUAGAUACUGCUCAGUGCUCAUGGAGAGAAAUUUGUGCCAUCUUUGCUUACAAGUUGUUAAUUG